AUGAAGGAAUCUAACAGGUGCGACGAUCCUGGACCAGCGCGGAUCACCUUAAACAUUACUCCACACGAUAUUCGGUAUCUGAAGCACUCCUGGGAAAAAGCAAGCUCCAGUGUGGACGUGGGUUGUGAGUUGGUGGCAAGGUUGCUGAACGAUAAUCGCACCAGAUUCCGAGCGUUAAUUGAGAGUCAUUCCGGCGAUUUACUCGGUUCAGCCAACUUUUCCGCAGAAGAUGUGAAGAAAUUCCGUCGCGCUCGAUCCGUAGCGCAUGGGGUUGUUGUGUUUUUCAAUCAGGUGAUUAGUAAGUUGGAUGAGCCGAACUCAGCGGAUCUCAUCGCCGCUCUUUCACAAAGACUAGGCGCUUCGCACUUCAAAAUGAAAGUAUGGUUCCAAGCCGAAAAUUGGCUGUGCGUGAAGAAUUGCCUGCUCGAUACGAUUAUGUCAGCUCUGCAAACAAAGAAGAACACCUCAUUUGUUUGCGGGAAGACAAUAAGUAUGAGCAAUAAGAAAGGAAAAGAAGUGUGGUACAAGGUCAUUCAAUUUGUCAUUCAGAAUAUGAAGAAAGGUUUUCUCGCGGAAGCCCUUUCGGCGGACACCGCGUCUUCAAGUAGCUCCAGUUCGGUAUAA